GUUACCGCAGUAUAAAAAUCACUCCGCAGCUGAAGGUACCGUGUCACUCAUCACUGCCAGAUUCCUUCCCUUGAGCUUGAAGCAACAGGCGACUGAAGAUGGUUUGGGAAGGUGGAAUUGAGCCUAAUGGCACGGAGGGAAAGAACUUCUACAUCCCCAUGUCCAACAGGACCGGGGUUGUUAGAAGUCCUUUUGAAUAUACACAAUAUUAUAUGGUGGAUCCAAUUAUAUACAAGCUCCUGGCUUUCUACAUGUUCUUCCUCAUCUGCACUGGAACUCCCAUCAACGCUCUCACAUUGUUCGUAACAGCUCAGAACAAGAAGCUCCGGCAACCUCUGAACUACAUCCUGGUCAACCUGGCCGUGGCUGGACUCAUCAUGUGCUGCUUCGGAUUCACCAUCACCAUCACAUCUGCUAUUAAUGGAUACUUCAUUCUUGGGCCCACUGCCUGCGCCGUCGAGGGAUUCAUGGCCACACUUGGAGGUGAAGUUGCUCUCUGGUCGCUGGUCGUCCUGGCUGUUGAGAGGUAUGUCGUCGUCUGCAAACCCAUGGGCAGCUUCAAGUUCACCGGAACCCACGCAGCAGUUGGAGUCGCUUUUACUUGGAUCAUGGCCUUCUCAUGUGCUGGCCCCCCACUAUUUGGCUGGUCCAGGUACCUUCCUGAGGGCAUGCAGUGCUCAUGUGGACCUGACUACUACACUCUGGCCCCAGGCUUCAACAAUGAGUCAUACGUCAUCUACAUGUUUGUUGUCCACUUCUUCAUCCCUGUCUUCCUCAUCUUCUUUGCUUAUGGAAGCCUUGUGCUCACAGUCAAAGCUGCAGCCGCCCAGCAGCAGGACUCUGCUUCUACCCAGAAAGCUGAGAAGGAGGUGACACGUAUGUGCGUCCUGAUGGUCUUUGGGUUCCUGGUAGCCUGGACACCAUAUGCCACUUUCACCGGCUGGAUCUUCAUGAAUAAGGGAGCUGCAUUCACUGCCCUGACAGCUGCUAUCCCUGCCUUCUUUGCCAAGAGCUCUGCUUUGUACAACCCCGUCAUCUAUGUGCUGAUGAACAAACAGUUUCGUAACUGCAUGCUGACCACUAUUGGAAUGGGCGGCAUGGUGGAGGAUGAGACCUCAGUAUCAACCAGCAAGACAGAAGUGUCCUCUGUCUCUUAAAUAUGGAGACAUUUUCUUAUAUGUGGACAUUUUCACUGUGGAUACAUGGAAAUUUAUCUUCUCAGGAACAUAAGGAGCUCAACUAAUUUGAUACUUUUAAAGAAUGUGUGAUGCAGCAAUAUUAACAAAGAAGCUUUUUGGGGUUUUUUUCUACAUCGGCUGGAUCUCAUAUUGCGACAGUCAUCAUCUAUUUUUGCCAUGUUCUUAAUCAGUCAUUGAGAAAUGUAAACAUUGUAUAUAAAAAUGUAGGCUUAGAUAAAUAAAUGCAUGCAUGAAAA